AUGGCCAAAGUGGUGAUGAGUCUACCUGAGGCAUAUCUUCAGAUGACAGACACAGUGUCACCCAAACGUAGUGAAGAGGCCUUCCAACUGUAUGGGACCUGCCAGCGGUUGCUCUUUGAUAACUUAGUGGAGGAAACAGAAAAGAUAGGGCUUGAGGCAGGAAAUGGAUUGCCAUCUUGGAAAUUCAAUGACCAGCUUUUUCCCUGCGACGUGUGUGGGAAAGUAUUUGGCCGACAGCAGACGUUGUCCCGACAUCUCUCGCUGCACACAGAGGAGAGAAAAUUCAAAUGCCACUUGUGCCCCUAUGCGGCUAAGUGCCGCGCAAACCUGAACCAGCACCUGACCGUCCACGCCGUGAAGCUGGUGAGCACCGACACCGAGGACAUCGUGAGUGCCGUCACCUCGGAAGGCAGCGAUGGAAGGAAGCACCCUUACUAUUACAGCUGUCACGUGUGUGGAUUUGAGACGGAGCUCAACGUCCAAUUUGUCAGUCACAUGUCCCUCCACGUGGACAAGGAGCAGUGGAUGUUUUCGAUCUGCUGCACCUCCUGUGACUUUGUCACCAUGGAAGAAGCUGAUAUUAAAGCUCACAUCAGCGCCAAGCACACAGACGCCAAGCAGAGAGUCAUGUUGCAUGAUUUCUGCAGAGCCGAGGCAUUGCCCAAGGGCGAAGACAAGAACGCCGCCAUGCCCUCGCAGAAGUGA